AUGGAGUCCCCGUUAAAUUCUCUCACUUUCAACGUGCUGCAGGGCCGACCCGUUCCGGACACUCACGCUGCCAACUACGACCUCGCGCGUCUCGUUACCAGAAAGUGGGAGAUCUACGCAGGCGACGAAGAACACUACCAUACCAGCAGCAUGGACGGCCGCAGUUUCUUCUUGCAAAAGAAGCAAGAUGAUAACAUCGAGAAAAUCGUCUUUCAAAGAGACAUCUUUGCCGAUCUCGCAACGCUAGACAUGUCCUAUCUAAGGGAGAGGAUAUGCUUCAAUGCCAUUGGUUCGCCCAUGUGCCUCUAUCGUCUGGGCUGCACCUUCCCCUCGGGCGUUCAUAUCGAGCCAUCGGACAAGUCGGCGUGGUGGUCCGGGUUCACUCACAAGUCGACGGGUCGGUACUUUGGAAUCAUGGAUAUCAAAGGUCGUCCAGCCCUCAGAACCGUCCGACAGCAAUCCAAUCUCCAAUUCCAGGAUGGACAGUGGCAGCUCUUAGAUGAUCUAGCAGUAUUAAGCAGCUCAGCGCUGAGGGCCAUUUCACAGCCUUACCUCGAAGAGCUUCCAAAGGAGCUUGUCGAUCAUCUCUCAGAUCCCGACACGGGCGAUGUUGUUUUUCUCAAGAAGAUGCAGGACCUUGUCUACACCAACAAUAUCUUUACAAGCGAUAUUGCCGAGUUACUGGGCUACCUUGCUUCCGACCAGUGUGUCCAUGGAUAUGGAGAUCUUGUUGCCGGUUGUGAAGAGCGAGAGCCUUAG